CUGAUGCUUCAGUAUUAAUAAUCCAUUUUUAUAAUAUAUAGUUGAUAUAAUAUAUCAUGCUAGUACUGGUACAACUAGCACUUUUACUUUUAACACUUCUUCCACCACUGGUGUUUCCUUCUGUACCUUAACAGCUCAUGUCUUGCAUGCACAACAUAUAAGCAAACACAACAUUUAACAAAUAUAAAUAAUGUUUAACACAGUGCACUCCACAGAAACAAACCUAAUGUUAAAGGAUUUGAUUGUAAAACUAGAAAUAAAGGAACAUCUGUCGUUGAAGCUGAAAUAUCAGCUUGUCUAGUUAGAUGAGAAAGGGGUAACGCUUUAGAUUACAGCCUGCAACGUACAGUGUGAUUACUCCGCAGUUACGGUGUAAUCUUUUGUACGCACGGUGUACCAGUGCAGUACGUACCAAAACAUAUAUAUAGGUACAGGGGAACAAGAUGUGAAAUUAUGGAAUAAGGGGGUAACAAUUUAGGAACUUACAAAUUACUUAUACUGUAGUUAUUAUUUAACUACCAGGUACCUAUUCUAUUAUUACAGAGUGUGCACGACCUACUGAGCAAUAAUCUGGAAAUUUGGGAGGAAUUUAGAGAGAAUUAAUACUUUAGUUAUUAUUUAACUACUAGGUACCUGUUAUGUUAUUACAAGGUACAGUAUGACCACAAAACUGAGUAAAAAUCUGGACGUUUCAGGGAAGAUGGAGUGAUGACUUCUGCAGCACUUCAUGCUCGUUUAUGGUAUCUUGGCUCUGCCUGCCGUUGGCGGACAGAAUUCACCCACCAACGAUGUCACUCACUUGUGUGUAAAGACAUUGAGAAUUUUGAAGCCAUUAAAAUGUUGAAAGUCUUCUACCUCGCAUUUGUUUUCAUCCGGCAUUAUGGCUCCUCAAGGUGCAAGCUUAUCCUUUCAUCCCAGGGAAUAAAUAUACCACACCUCACUUUAAGACCAACACGACCAUGGGCACUCACAGACGGGCGCAAGUGCAUUUGCUAUUUAAACAAUGUGGGCGCUGGACGGGAAAAUGACAACUGCGUCGAUCUUAAACUAGCAAAGACACUUGCGUUGCGCUUGACACCGCUUUGCGCCGGGCGCCAGGACACCACAGGAUGUGCCAUCUUGCUGACAUCUAUGAGGGAGAGCGCUGCAUGUCCACUUUGAAACACUGCAGCCUUUUUUUCCUCAUGAAUGGUCUAAAGUAUGUGGCCUUCAUCCGGCUUGACUGAGGGAGGACCAAUAAAGAGUAAACUCCGGUAUAGAAAUGAUUGUUUCACCUGAUCACCUGUAACAUCUAAUCAGUAACUGAUUUCUUACAAUCAUAUGUACUGUGCAUCUCUCCCUCACAUCUUAAGUGAGAGGGCUAAAAUGCCACAGAAACAUGGAGACAUGGAGCAACCUGACUCACAUUUAUUGAGUUUUUUUUUAGUUAUUUUUUUGGCCAGUGUGCAGUGGAUUUAUCAGAGUUUGUUUGCUGAAAACAGCUGCCUGCUGCUGCUGGAAACAAGCUUGAUAAGAGAACAGUGAAGUCUGCGCUCUGCAGACUAGAGGACAACUGCAGACUAGGUGACGAUUGUAUGUGGGUUUAUUAUGACAAGCAACAUCUGUCACAUUAGUCAUUUCUUUCAUUGUUAAUAUAAAAAUAUUGAUUGGUGCCACUUUAAAGCCAAUUUGAGUAAAACUGACAACUUUCCCACACUAACCAUAUUAAAAUAUUUCUCCCAAAAUAUCCCUGCUGUGAUUAAUCUGUAAUCAGAAUAUGUGUUUAUAUUAACAUUUAAAGCAUUCAAAAAAUGACGCAAAGUUACAUGAUUUUAUUGUCUUUAUUAGUAUGUAGACAUUUUUAGGAUGUUUACAUUUACUUAAGUAUUCAUUCUAGAAUCUAUGUGUUUGAAUACAUCAUAAAUAGAAUACAUUCUAUUGAUGAUGCAUCAAAGGAUCUCAGUUCAUCACAUUCUAUUGGUUGAUAUCUAGUCAGCAUACAGACAGACCUUACUAAGCUCUGGAUAUCACAGCACAGUGACUUUGUUUUUAAAGUAAUUGUGAUUGAAACAGUUUUGAAAACAUGAUGGCAUCUACAUCCAUACGGACUCAUGAACAUCUGGCCUCUGGGAAAACUCAAGACAAUAACAGCAGCACCAUUGAGCCAGACUACGACUUGAUGGAGGAUUUCAGGGAGCGCCGAAGGAAAAGAAAGGCCAGCGGUGACAGGGAGAAAGCCAAGAAGAGGCACAGGGGUAACUGCAACAGCAAGAAAAACCCCAACACUUGUGAACCUGGCAAUGUGUCCACAGAAGAUGUCAGGGCGAAGCAGAGUAAGAGGAAGGCCAGCCCUGACAGAGAGACACCAAAGAAGAGGCGCAGGGGUAGUUGCAGUGAGCCCAGCAAUGAGUUGAUGGAGGUCAGCUCAAGGGGGGGCGAAAGAAAGGCCAGCACUGACAGAGAGAGCUCUCAAUACUGGUCCUGUCAGGAAACUGCUGCCCCCUCCAGCUCCAGCAAACCCAAUGAAGUGUUGGUGGAAGAUGUCCAGACAGGGCAGAGGAAGAGGAAGGCCAGCACAGACAGAGAGAGCUCCAGAAAGAAAUACAGGUCCUGUCAGGAAACUGCUGCCCCUUCCAGCUGCAGCAAACCCAAAGAAGUGGAGGAUGUCAAGAGGGGGAAGAGGAAGAGAAAGGCCAGCACUGGUAAAGAGACACCCACUAAGAGGCAGAAGGGAUCUAAACUCAAACAGAGCUCCUGCAGAGCUCCAUCUUCACAAGAGGAGAAAGUCCCUGCAGUGAUCACCAACAGAGCUGAUUUUGAAACAAAGUAUAAGCAGCUCGACAAGAUCGGAGAGGGAGGCUUCGGAUCUGUGUAUGCUGGCUACCGUAUAACAGAUUCUUUACCUGUUGCUCUCAAAUACAUUCAAGGACCAGAUGUGGACUAUGAACUUAAAAUGAAUAAGAUCCCUCUAGAAGUGGCCCUGAUGCUGAAAGUUGCAGGUGGACCAGAAUCACUUGGGAAGUGCGCUGCAGUCACCCUCUUGGACUGGUAUUAUCUGGACCAAACGCUAAUCCUGGUCAUGGAAAGACCAGUCCCCUCUAUGGACCUCUCUAAGUACCUCCGGUCCGAGGGAGGCCGUAUGGAAGAACACACGGCAAAGAUCUUCAUGACUCAGUUAGUGGACGCAGCCAGUGAAAUGCUCCGUAAAGGUGUGUUUCACCGAGACAUAAAAAGUGCAAACGUCCUUGUUGAAGUUGAUUCCAGUGUCCCACGUGUCCGCAUAAUCGACUUUGGCUGUAGCUGUUCUGUGCAGAGGGAACCCUACCGUUAUUACUGCGGUACCCUUUCACUUGCCCCCCCAGAGUGGCACAUGAUCAAGAAAUACAAGGCUGGGUCCACUACAGUGUGGCAGCUGGGAGCAAUGCUAUACCGCCUGCUGCAUGGUUAUAGAUUUGACACCAUGAGCUUCGUCACUGACAGGAUUCAACUCAGCAGUGAACUAUCCGAAGACUGCCUUGACUUCUUGGAGCUGUGUCUGGCCAUACGUCCCAAGGAGCGUCCCACCGUGAAGCAGCUAAAGCUCCACCCCUGGCUCCAAUAAUCCCACCCUACACCUAACAACGCCCUCCAUACCCUGUCUACACCUGAAUCCACAACUCUCUCUUGGACGUCUGAGUCACCUCCAUCUUCAUCCUCCUGGUUGCUCUGAUCACUCUACCCACCAUCUUAACUCGGCUCCCCUCCCUUCCUCACCCCACCCUUUUCCUUACCCCCAACCCUACUUUCACCCCUUACCCGAAACCCCAUCUUCACCAUACACCCAUUACCACCUCUUUCCCUUAACGCCCAAUCAAAUCUACCCACAUAUUUGGCCUUAUUAUAUCGGCCUCUUUUAAUAUUGGAGUUAUUCCCAUCAGCAGCUCCUGUACACCCCCAGCCGCCCGAGGAGGGGGGAUCUCUCUUUGAAUUGCCUCUCCCAAGGUUUCUCCCAAAAGCCUAGUUAACCAAUAGAGCUUAUUGAGGAGUUUUUCCUUGUCUUCAUAGAGAGCUUGGGCUGGGUCAGGACUGUUGCUGUUGUGGUUCUGGAAAACUUAUUAAGACUUAAUAUAAUUAUGGGCUUUACAAAUAAAAUGAUUGGAAAUAAUCUCCCAUCUGUAGUCUUGAUUAGUGCUUGAAAAAAUAUGAAUAAGAAUUAUUUACAUCGGUGUUUAUUCUUCAAACAUAAGUUGUUUCCUGGUGAUUAACAUUUGCCAAAUUUAAGUAUUCAUACAAAAAGUAUAAUGGUGCUAGCUAACAACUGGAAAAAGUCAAAUGUUAAAAACUGAAACCACAUUUGUCAACACUUUGAUUAUAUGUGGAGCUUGAAAUGGAGUAACAUUCAAAUUGAUCGCUGCUCAUAUGUUUCGAUUAAAUUGUACAAUGUUGUGAUAAUAGUAGCUUUAAAUGGCAUUUGUAAUCUGACAUAUUUUGUUUACCCUAGGCUACAUUUGUUGUCCUAGAGGUAGUCUGAAUUUUGAAAAAAAAUUAAGCAUUACAACAUUGGUUGAAACACCAGACUUCCCAGUACAAACUGAAAACAUUCCACACAAGAGCACUUACAGAGAGGACAGGUUUCUAUCAGGUGGCAGAUAAGUAUUUUGUACAGAGGGUAUGUCCGUCAACCAUUCACAUGGAGGAAACUGUUAUAAGAGCUUUACUAGUCAGCAUAAUGUACAUUUCCAUUCCAAAUAGAAUCAUAAAAGACUUACCUGCUGCUCAGAGUUUCACUAUUUAACACACAUUACCCUCAUAAUCAAUCAAUAUACAAAAAUGUAUUUCAAUAAUACUUGUAUUGGUUAAAGAAAGGAGUCUACGGGGAGCAGCUUACAAUCAUACACUGUAUAGAAGGCAGGUUUCUCAGGCUUCACAUCUGAAGGAAAAGAAGCUUUAUAUGUAAACUCAUAUGUUUUGCAUAUGAAUUUACAUAUAAACAGUUUUGGGCAGAAAUAAAGGUGCAGUGUGUAGAAUUUUGUGGCAUCUAGUGGAAUAGACUUGGCAAAAACGGAAUAUCAUAUUCAUAAGUAUGUUUUAAUUAGUGUAUAAUUACAUGCAAAGACAAGUUGGCUUCCUGAGGGUUGAGGUUUGUUGCCAGCUCAGUCCAUGUUGGUGGCUCAGAGAGUACUGCUGCAUGCUGAUGAGAAAGCGUAAACUGACUGGAGGAAGCAAGUAACUUGCGGCGCAGCGGACUUUCAGCCUCAGACAAGGAGAGAGACAGUGACCCUUGGAGUGUUUUCCCUCCCUUUCUGCUCAUUGUGAUAUUGACUGCUACCCCUCUUUUAAAUAGUUCAGAAUAUUUUAGAGUAUUGCCACAAGACCCAGAUAUUCCCCUAUGGUUUUAAUAUAUUUUAUACAAAAUAA